UAGACUUGUGUGAAUUUUAAAUUGCCACAUAAUAUGAUGUCAAGAAAUAAUUUGGAGACAUCUACUUGUAAAAUGACAGAGCCAUUUAAUUUUGAGAAAAAUGAAAACAAGCUUCCACCACGUGAUUCUUUAAGAAGUCCUGGAGCACAUGCUAACCACCCUAAUUUCCGGUUGAAAAGCCCAGAGAAUGGAAAUAAAAAGAACAAUUUUUUGCUUUGUGAGCAAACCAAACAGUAUUUGGCUAGUCCAGAAGACAAUUCAGUAUCUUCAAACCCUAACCGCAUCAGCGGAGAGGUGGUUGGAUCCAUAGGAGACAGGAAGACUUUGUCGACAGGAAACUCAGUGUCACCAUUAAAUGUUGGAAACAAUUCACCACCCAAAGAAGUAAAUAGUAAGCCUAGCAAUAACGUGCUUCCUGCAAAAUCAAAAAAAAUACACAAGUUGGUUGAGAAUUCCUUGUCCAUAAAUAAUUCAGCACUCUUCAACUCCUUAGGAUCUCCUUUUCGGUCAACAACUUGCCAUCGCUGUGGCCUGUUUGGAUCGCUGAGGUGUUCACAGUGCAAGCAGACAUACUAUUGCUCCACAGCCUGCCAGCGAAGGGACUGGUCAGCACACAGCAUCGUGUGCAAACCUGUUCAACAAAAUUUCCACAAACGAGAAGAUAGUAAAUCACCUUUUGAAACAAAGAACGUGGAAGUGAAAAAUGAGGGUGACUAUCCUCAUGGAGUUACUAAAGAAAUAGCCAUUUGUGCUGAUAAAAUAAUGUUUUCUGAUUUGAGAAGUCUACAACUCAGGAAGACCCUGGAAAUAAAGGGUACAGUUACUGAAUUCAAACACCCAAGUGACUUUUACGUGCAGUUAUAUUCUUCAGAAGUUUUAGAAUACAUGAACCUACUCUCUGCUAGUUUAAAGGAAACAUAUGCAAAUACAGCUCAGGAAGAGGAUUACCUUCCUGUGAAGGGGGAAGUUUGUGUUGCCAAGUACACUGUUGAUCAGACCUGGAACAGAGUAAUAAUACAAGAUAUUGAUAUGCUGCAGAAGAAAGCACAAGUCUUAUAUAUCGAUUACGGAAAUGAAGAAAUAAUUCCAGUAAACAGAAUUCACCAACUAAAUAGAAAUAUCGACUUAUUUCCUCCAUGUGCCAUAAAGUGCUUUGUGGCCAAUGUUCUCCCAGCAGAGGGGAAUUGGAGCAACGAAUGUGUCAGGACUAUUAAAUCACUGUUAAUGGAGCAGUACUGCUCUAUAACGAUCGUGGACAUCCUAAAAGAAGACGUGGUUACCUUUGCUGUGGAUGUUAUGCUGUCAAGUUCAGGAAAACUCUUAGAUGAUGUGCUCAUAGAAAUGGGAUAUGGCUUGAAACCCAAGGGACAAAAUUCUAAGAAGCAAAGUGCAGAUCCAAAUGAUCUUGAGGAUACUGGAAAAAUGACCACCGAAAGCAAAGUUGUUGUGGAUAGGAGUGAUCUAAUCCCGAAAGUGUUAACCUUAAAUGUAGGAGAUGAGUUUUGUGGUGUGGUGGCCCACAUUCAGACUCCAGAAGACUUCUUUUGUCAACAGCUGCAAAGCGGACAUAAGCUCGCUGAACUCCAGGCAUCCCUUAGCGAGUACUGUGGUCAAGUGCCUCCACGCUCAGAUUUUUAUCCAACCAUUGGUGAUAUCUGUUGUGCGCAAUUCUCAGAGGAUGAUCAGUGGUACCGUGCCUCCAUUUUAGCUUAUGCUUCUGAACAGUCUGUGUUGGUCGGAUAUGUAGAUUAUGGAAACUUUGAAAUCCUUAGUUUGACGAGACUUUGUCCCAUAACUCCGAAGUUGCUGGAAUUGCCAAUGCAAGCUAUAAAGUGUGUGCUGGCAGGAGUAAAGCCAUCAUUAGGAAUUUGGACUCCAGAAGCUAUUUGUCUGAUGAAAAAAAUUGUGCAGAACAAAAUGAUCAUGGUGAAAGUGGCAGACAAGCUGGAAAACAGCUCCCUGGUGGAGCUCAUAGAUGAAUCUGUGACGCCUCACCUCAGCAUUGCUCAGGUGCUCAGAGACGCGGGCUUUGCCCUCCGGGAGACGGGGGUGCCGGCAGAGAAACCCGGUGUCGUGAAAGAUGCCAGCGUUCCCUUUAGUAUAGAAGCAAAACUAAAUCCAUUGGAGUGGACAUGGGUUGAACUUGCAGUUGACCAAACAGUAGAUGUUGUGGUCUGUAUGAUGUACAGUCCUGGAGAAUUUUAUUGCCAUGUGCUUCGAGAGGAUGCUUUAAAGAAACUCAAUGAUUUGAACAAGUCAUUAGCGGAAUAUUGCCAGCAGAAGGUGCCCAGUGAUUUUAGGGCAGAAAUAGGGCGUCCGUGUUGUGCUUUUUUUGCAGGUGAUGGUAAUUGGUAUCGUGCUUUAGUCGAGGAAAUCUUACCGGAUGGAAACAUUAAAGUCCAUUUUGUGGAUUAUGGGAACAUGGAAGAAGUUACUGUGGAUGAACUCCAAAUGAUCCCAUCCAAGUUUUUAAAACUUCCAUUUCAAGGAAUGCGGUGCUGGUUAGUAGGUAUACAGCCUAGAAACAAACGCUGGACUGAAGAAGCCAUAGCAAGAUUUCAGAUGUGCGUUGCAGGGAUAAAACUCCAAGCCCGAGUGGUUGAAAUCACUGGACAGGGAGUGGGAAUCGAGCUCACUGAUCUCUCCACUUCUUACCCCAGAAUAAUUAGUGAUGUUCUGAUUGAUGAACAUUUGGUUUUAAAAACUAGCUCGCCGCGUAAAGACUUGACAUAUAAUAGACCUGUUAGUAAACGUGAUCUUCAAGUUGAUGUCCUGGGGCUUCAAGCCAUCUCUUCAGCGGAGCCAUGGAGAACGAUAGAGUUGCCAGUUAAUAAAACUGUACAAGCAACCAUAAUAGAAAUCGUAAACCCGCUCUUGUUUUAUGCUCUACCAAAUGAGAUGCCAGAAGAUCAGGAAAGAUUGUGUGUAUUGACAGCUGAAUUGUUAGAAUAUUGCAAUAGUCAGAAAAGCCGAGUGUCUUAUAGACCCAGAAUUGGAGAUGCGUGCUGUGCCAAAUAUACAAGUGACGACUUCUGGUACCGUGCCAUUGUUCUGGGGACAUCAGAUGCUGAUGUGAAAGUACUCUAUGCAGACUAUGGAAACAUUGAAACUCUGCCUCUUUCCAGAGUGCAGCCAAUUUCCACCAGCCACCUGGAGCUUCCUUUCCAAAUUAUUAAAUGUUCACUUGAAGGACUAAUGGAAUUGAAUGGAAGCUGUUCUCAAUUAGUAAUAGAACUACUAAAAAAUUUCAUGUUGAAUCAGAGCGUAAUGCUUUCUGUAAAAGGAAUUAUCAAGAAUGUCCAUACAGUGUUGGUUGAGAAAUGCUCUGAAAAUGGUACUGUCAAUAUAGCCGAAAAGCUGGUGACAUAUGGUCUGGCAAAAAACAUCACAUCUAAAAAGCAAAGUGCUUUAAGUACAGAAAAUACCUGCAGGAUGAAUUGCUGUUGCACAGAGUUACAGAAACAAGUUGAAAAACAUGAACAGAUUCUUCUCUUCCUCUUAAACAAUCCAACCAAUCAAAAUAAAUUUAUUGAAAUGAGAAAAUUGUUAAAAAGUUAAAUACAGAGAAAAUACGUUUCAAAUGGAAGUGUUUAGUCUCUCCUGGAGAAAUUUGUUAAUAACUAUAAAAUUGCCCCACUAGGAGUGCUAUGGUGAUGAGAACAGAAAACUGUUAUCUGUGGCUCAGACGUGAUAAAUAAAUACUUCAACACACACGUUAACAGAAAAUUUUCCAUCUGAAGGAGAGCGCAGCUGUGUUUUACAUUCAUCGAGGGGAGUACAAAUGGCUGUAGCUAAUACGCAGCCCCUGUGGGGGGGGGUGUGUGUGAACGACUUGAACGUGCUACUUUCAGUUAAAAGUGACUGUUGGGUUUGAGAUAGAAAUUAAGAGCCAUAGUGAUGGAGUUUGUAUAAAGGCAUAACGAGAGUUGAUUCUUCUCUUUCAGAAGCAGUCUCUCUCAGAGAUGAACACUUAUGAGAAAGGAGGCCUCAAAGGCUGGACUUAAAGACAGCACAGCUCCUUGUGUCUUUGUUGGUUGGGAAGGCUGUCUCCUGUGCCUCCGUUUUUGUUUGUUUGCCACUCUUCUGUUCGGUUGGAUAGUUUUAUUUUUCCCUCUGAGUUCUUCCUCCCAAAUAAGUCUUGCAUGACAGUUUCAUACCACAUUCAUGGGGGGUGUUGGGAAGGGAUGCACAGAGGCUUUCUACUGUAUAUAUAAAUUUUUAGGACUUAAAGUACUGAAGAAAAUACGGCUCCAUGUUAGUAGCAGCUAAAUCUAGUUGAUAGUUGUGUAGGAGUUUUAUUUUUUUUGGAUUUUUCUGUAUGUUUGACAUAGAUCAUAAUAAAACGUGCCCCGCUCUCCCUGUCCUCCUCUGCCUCUUCCACUCAAUAAAUGUUCUUUGACUUGUUGCUUCGGUCCUGGCUCUUCUUUUCCUGUCCACUCUAAGCUCAUCAGCUGCUUUCUCUCCAUCCUAACUUGGACCUCUUUGCCUUAGGCCUUUGGGCAUGGGGUCUGCCCUUGGGCUCUCAGCUGCUCCAGGGGGAAGGAACUUUCUCUAUUCUGCUCCUGCCAUCCAUACCCUUCAAAUCUGUAGCCACUUAGACUUUGUUAUUGUAGGUAGAACUUAUAUUUCCCGAAGUACAAAUACAGUUAACAAUGUAAGUUAAAAAUUGGAGUUAGGGGGCGCCUGGGUGGCGCAGUCGUUAAGCGUCUGCCUUCGGCUCAGGGCGUGAUCUCGGCGUUCCGGAAUCGAGCCCCACGUCAG